AUGUCAAUAACUUUUGAAACAGUUCAAUUAAGAAGUCAUGAACAUAGUUAUACAGGUUUUUUGUAUACUUCAAAAGAAUAAGUAAAAAAAUUAAAAUAAGAGAAUAAAAUAAGGGAUAGUGAUGAGCUAUUCAUAUAAAUAAAUGGUUACAUAUUUAUUUUAGAUGGGGUAUCAUUUAGUUAUAAACUUUUAGGAUGAUUAAUAUAGAAUGGAAGAAAUAGGAAUAAAUAGGUAUUAAAGAGAGUUUUUGAACUUGAGCAUACAGCAAAAUGUUGAGUUAUCAAUAUUUAGAUUACCAAAAGAUAAAGAAUACAGAUUAGGAGUUUUAUAUAUGGAGAUUGAUAUUUAAUAAUUAUAAAAUGGAGGAAGUUAAAUGGAGAUCGAUGACGAGGAAUUUGCCUCCCUUUUUAAAAAGCAUUUUGAUGGGUAGUUUUUUAAGACUGGGCAGAUUUAGUUAUACUAAAAUAAUGGUAAUACAUUUUUAUUAAAAGUAAUAUUAAAAUUAUAAUUCUAGAUAACAAGAACAGAAGUGUUGAGUGUAGGUGUAGAAUCAAAUUUAGUGAAGUUUGGAAAUGGAGGAAUGUUAAAUGAUAAGACAGAAAUAGAAUUCAGUAUUAGAAGUGGAAUAUCUCAAAUAAAAUUAAAAAAUGCUCAUAAGAAAUAAACAAAUAUUUUUAGAGAAGAUUUUAAUUUUGAUAGAUUAGGAGUAGGAGGACUUGACAAAGAAUUAGCAAAUAUUUUUAGAAGAGCUUUUUCAUCAAGAAGAUUUCCAUAGUAAUUUUUAGAGAAAUAUGGUAUUAAACAUAUAAAAGGAUUACUGUUGUAUGGUCCUCCAGGAACAGGAAAAACCUUGAUUGCUAGAUAACUAGCAAAAGUAUUAAAGGCCAGACCUCCAAAAAUUGUUAAUGGGCCAGAAAUAUUUAGCAAGUUUGUCGGAGAGGCAGAGGAGAAUAUAAGAAAGUUAUUCGAAGAUGCUAGAAAAGAUUAAGAAGUGAAAGGAGAUGAAAGUGAUCUACAUAUAAUAGUGUUUGAUGAAAUGGAUGCAAUUUGUAAAUAAAGAGGAUCUGUUUCUUCAGGCGUCGGAGCAUAUGAUAAUGUUGUUAAUUAGUUAUUAUCAAUGAUUGAUGGAGUUGAUUCAUUAAAUAAUAUCCUUGUGAUUGGAAUGACAAAUAGAAAAGAUUUGAUUGAUGAAGCUGUUUUACGACCUGGAAGAUUUGAAGUACAUAUAGAAGUUGGACUACCAGAUAAAAUUGGUAGACUUUAAAUUCUAAAUAUUCAUACUGAAAUUUUGAGAAAUAAUAAUGCUUUAGAUAUUGAUGUUAACAAUGAAGAGUUGGCAAUUUUAAUGAACAACUAUACAGGAGCUGAAAUUGAAGCUGUUGUAAAAUCAGCAUCCUCGUUUGCUUUCUAGAGAAUUUAGAACAUUAAUAACUUUUAAAAAUAGGUAAACUAUAAGGAAGAUUUAAGAAUUAAUAGAAAUGAUUUCGAAGAAGCCUUAAAGGAAGUAAAGCCUUAAUUUGGUUUCGAUUCAAAUAAAUUCGAUUUAUUAACAUAAAAUUAAUAUAUUGACUUUGGUGAACAAUUCCAAUAUUUAUAAAGGAUGCUUAGAAAUACUAUAAAUUAGACUAGAUUUGGUAAGAGUUCAAAAUUGAAUUCGAUUCUCUUAGAAGGAUGUUAAGGUGCUGGUAAAACGAGUAUUGCUGCUAAAUUUGCAAAAGAAAGUGGAUUUCCUUAUGUAAAAUUGAUUACACCAGAAUCAUUCAUUGGAAUGACAGAAGAUGCUAUCAUAAACUCAAUUGGUAAGAUAUUUAAUGAUGCAUAUAAAUCAAGUCUCUCUUGUAUUGUUAUAGAUAAUAUUGAAAGAUUGAUUGAAUAUGUUGACAUUGGACCAAGAUUUUCUAAUACUAUUCUUUAGGCUUUGUUAGUAUUAAUCAAAAGAUUACCAGAUAAAGUAUUUAUACAAUUUUAAUUUAGACAUAAAAUAGAUUAUUGAUUAUAGGUACUACUUCUACUUAUAAAAUUCUUAAAUAACUUGGUGUUGCUUCUUGUUUUAAUUAAACUUUUAAAGUCCCAAAUCUAAGAAAGGGAUAAGAAAUAAAAACUGUUAUCUUAAAUUAUCUGAACAUCUCACAAAAAGAAAAUGGAAUUGAGGAACACAAAUGUCAAAUGAAUGAGAAACAAUCAGCAGAAAUUGAAAAAAUCUCUUAAAAUAUUGAAAACAUUCCUAUUAAAAGAUUGUUGAUGUUGCUUGAUAUGGCUUGUAAAGAAGAAAACGAAUUAAUAUAUGAAGACUUUAUGUCCUGCUAUCAAAUUGCUUAAAUGAACCAUGAAUGA